AUCGACCCAAGCCAUCAAGAACAUCAAAAUGUCCCACGACACAGUCUUCUACUCGCGUCCACGCACUUACGGCAAAGGCUCUCGUGGCUGCCGCGUCACUGGCGACAAGAAAAAGUCCGGUGUCAUUCGCAAAUAUGGCUUGAAUAUGUCUCGUCAAGCGUUUCGUGAGAAGGCGGCGGAUAUUGGGUUUCAUAAGUACCGCUAGAGAUUUUUGAGGCUUUGGUGCAGCGGUUGUGAUGGAUCUGAAUGGGACGAUUGCGGUUUCCGAUGAGGUUGUCUGAGGCCCAUUAGAUCCUCUAGAAUGCAAACUCAUGACCGGGGCCAUUUUUCCCGUACCUUUUCCCCGUGCACUGCCAAUUGCCACGCCAUACUCCUCAUGAUACGAGGUCUUGCGAGGAAGCAUGUCUAAUGAUGCUCGGCAAGGAUCGUUCGCAAGUCUGGUGGGCCAAGAAAAGGUUUUCUCGCGUUUGCUCAAGUGCGUGAUGACUGAGCAGGUGCUUCAGCGAUGUUCCACAGCGUAGAUCGAAUCUAAGCAGUGUUCGUAGUGGUCUUUCACCAGCUCUAUACAUCCCGA